AACUACUUGGCAUACCAUAGUAUGCCAAUUUAUUAUUUUUCUGUCUCAUGCAUCCGGCCUUAUUCGACGGUGUCUGCAUGAUAUACGGGCUUUGAACCCCACCCAAGCAAAAGCUACCAGGAAAGGAAAUGGCAUGAUGAUAGAUGCCUAUUCGAGCUGCUACCAACAUAUCUAUCUUCCCAUUCUUUGGUUCGAGGCUCGUGCGUUGCGUGGGGUUCGCUAGAGUUAGAUAGUGAUUACCGGGUCAAGUGUUCUCACCCUGGUUUCGUGUAGUAUUAUGAUGCUACACUUGGACGUGCCGUUGCUUUUCCCAGUACAGUUCCUGUCGCUAUGAAUGCCAGUUUGGAGUCUCCGUCCUCCUCGUCUGGGGCCCCUCGGACGGAGAAGAAGAAAAGGCCGAUCUAUGCUUGCCUUCCAUGUCAUAAGCGGAGAGUCAAGUGCGAUCACCUCAAGCCGUGCACGCCCUGCUGCCUCAGAGGAACCCCUUCGCAGUGCGAAUUCACAGAGGAAGGUAGCAGUGCACAUAUGCUGCAGUCAGAUCUGAUCAAGAGUCUUACGGAAGAAUGCGCUUAUUUGGAAAGCAGGCUCGCCGAGCUAGAGUCAUUAGAGCAGAACUCGCAGCCCUCUGAGAAGAAGGGGUGUAAGUAUUAGCAUAUACCGGUUCUGUGAAAGAGUAUGGACUGACAAUUCCGAGAACGAGAUGCCCUACAUCUCAAAACACUAUCUACUUAAUUUCUAUGGAUUAGGGUUCCUUUGGUGACUUCUGGUGACUGGUUUUCGGGACAUGGGGUAUACGGUUCCGCUGAGGGUGGAUUUGGCAGGGCUUCGGUACGAGACAGGAUUGGGUAUAGGUAUGGGUAUGGGCAAGGGACUAUAUACAUCUGGUUGCAUUUGCUAUGUAGUAUUUGAUGAUUCUGUGAAUGUACUCUGAGCGUAUGGUGUUAAUUGGAUUAUUUUCAAUUGGGUAGAUGUAGUAGGAUCGACCUUUUCCUAAAUCAGACUCGACUUUCACUAUUUUCUUGAUACCCGGAUGCUGGCUAUAUGC